GUUGCCUUCGAAAAAAAAAAAUAAAAUAAAAAAGUAACGCAUCACAAAAAUUAAGGUGACCAUCGAGGUGAUGCGCAAACGUUCGUGCAAACCGCGCAAUGAUAGAACUGCCACAUAAUCAGGAGCGAUAUUGUAUAUAUAAAAUACAACUGAUUGGAGAAUACAGCUGAGCCACCAGGCUGCUGCUCCAUUCUUCACGAAUUUGUUAGCCAUUUGUAGGAACAGAUUGGCCUCCUUGAAAAAGGAACGAUCAGCAGCGACCGCGGCAACGGCAACGAAGAGCUAAUUUUGUUCGCUUUUUUUUUGGUGCCUGCGAGUGGGGGCCCCCAACCCAAAGCAUCCACGCAGGGCGCAAAAAUGAAAUUCAACAAGAGGAAGAAAUCCUUUAAGAUAAAGAAGAAAAACUAUGGAGGUAGGAAGGAGCAGGAGGACAACUCCGAGAUAGAGUCCGACGAUAUACUCUCCUCGGAGGCAUCGGAAAGUGCGAACCUGAGGACGAAGCUGGGGAAGAAGAAAAAGCGCCACAUCGCAUCGGUUGAGGGGCAGAUAACAGAUGAAGACGCUACAGAUGGCGAUGCAUCCGAUGGCGAUGCAAGUGACCUCGAGGAGGACGGCCCCAGUGGAGACGAAAACGGAGACGCCUUCAAUAACCCGGAGGAGAGGAAAAUACACCUGGCCAAAAAGUACCUCCGAGAUAUGGGCAUCCAAAGCAGCGAUGAGGAGAAGUCCCAAAGUGAUUCCCCUGCGAACAGUGAUGAGGAGGACAAUUCGGACUCAAAUUUCAGCGACAACCGGUACUCCCACGGAAAUGAGGAGCAGAAGGAACGAAUAACCAAACUGAUGAUGCAAAGGGAGAGGCAAAAGAGCAGGAAGGCGCUCCUAAAUUUGGGAAAUAAAAUAAAAAUUGUGCAUGACGAGAAGUUGGCUGCUUCGAAAGGGGUUGUCAAGCGGGGGCCAGCUUGCCUGAACCGUUCAGGGGGAAGCGGUGGAAGCGGCGAAAGCGGUCAGAGCGGCCAAACUGGUCAACGCGGCCAACCUGGCAAGAGCAGCCAAACUGACCUGCUUUCUGAAGAGGCCUUCUUCUUCCGCGGACACAAAAAGAGCGUGACGUGCGUUGCCUGCCCAGACUUUAACCUCUCCUUCUUUGACUACUACGAGUACGAUGCGGGGACCGCCGAGCGUGAGGGGUGCGACGCCUACGCAGGGUACAACAGCGGGAAGUUUUACAGAGAGGACAAUCCCCGGAGCAGCCCGCAGGGAGACGACCCCCUUGGAGGCGACCCCCUUGGAGACGACGCCCAACAGGUCAUGCAGCCGAAGGUGUUCCCCAAUGUUUCCCUCAGCACAGCCUACACGGGGGGCAAAGACGCCUGCAUCAUCGAGUGGGACUUAGCAAGAGGAGAGAAGGUUCACAUUUAUAAAGGAAACCCCAGCGCCUUCCAGCAUUUCGGAAGGAGCAACGGAAUAAGUCAUUUCAAAAGCGUAAUGGAUUUGUAUUGCCACAAAUUUAAUUCCUUCUUCAUCUCUGUUGGGGCGGACAAUUUAAUAAGCACAUGGGAUAACAGGGUGAAAAAGACCUGCACCCAUUCCAUAGUUGGUCAUAAAAAUGUCAUCAGCGCAAUUGUUGGGAGCAAUGAAAAUACAGAUGAGCUGAACAUGGAAUAUAACUUCUUCACGUCCUCCUACGAUAAAUCGAUUAAAUUAUGGGACUUGCGUUUUUUGGAAAAAUGUAUCAAUACGUAUAUGGGACAUACCAACAACAUUUUAAGCAUGACUUCUUUAACUCAAAAUAAAUUAAUUACCAGUUCGAGUGAUUAUACACUCCGUUUUUGGAACACCAAAAAUGAUAACCAUCUUUUGUUUAACUUAAAUUACGAAAUUGUGGAGUCCUGCUGUUCCCUUAACAACAGGGUUUUCAUCGCGGGGACGUUUUCUGGCCAUAUUUACAUUUUGUCAUCUUCUUAUAAGAAGCCCAUUUGUAUUUGCAAAAAUGCACACAAUUCGUAUGCAGUGACGGCCCUGGUUAGCAUCCCCUUCACGGACAUUUUCAUUUCCGGAUCGUACGAUGGUUAUGUAAACUUUUGGCAGUACAAAAGCGUUAGUAAAACGUCGGCUACUAUGCGGAAGGUCCUGGCCGUGCCCGUGGACGGCGCGGUGAGCAAGUUCUCCUUCUCGCCCAACUACGCCUACCUGUUUGCCGCCGUGGGGGACGAGAUGAAGCAUGGCAAGUGGACGCGCACGCGCAGCAGGAACGGGCUGGCCGUCAUUCCGCUGCGCUUUUUGCGGUGA